AUGCAGGCUUGUGACCGAUGUCACCUACGCAAAACGAGAUGUGACCGCCGUAUCCCUCGAUGCAGCGCUUGUGAAAAGGCUGGGGCCCAGUGUCUUCACGUGGACAAGCUUAGGUCACGCAACCUUCCCCGGGGAUAUGUGGAGAGUCUCGAAAGCGAUUUGCGAAAGAUCGAAGAUGACAAUCUCAAGCUUCAGAGACAAGUUGCUGCGCUUCAAGCACAGGUUUCGAAUGCCACACCCAACAACCCCAGCACCAUCCGCAGCCCCAUUAAUAUCCAGGAAGCACAAGCCGAAAUUGACGUCAAUCCCUCGGCCCAGGUCAAUCUUACACAGACCGAGACGUCGAAUGGAGGUGAAAUUUUGGAUGGUCAGUCUCCCACCCAGGAGCGCAAUGCUGUCAUGACUGCGGCGUCAAUGGCUUCUACAAGAACACCUGCCGAUGAUGCUGUCGCCACCGAGGUCGGAUACCUCACGUUGACCGCGGCGGGCGAGACGCGGUAUCUCGGAUCGAGCAGUGGCAUGGGCCUAGCUAGUAUCAUCAGCUCUGUUUUGGAUCCGCAGCAGUCAGAGGGAUACUGGCCGAAAGAAAACUCGAACCACCUCGAUGAGCAUAACUGGCGCAUGUCCAGUACCGCGAGCGAUGCGCCUCUUCCACCUCAGAAUAUCGCGAUGCAAUUUAUCGAGGCAUAUUUCCAGCACACACAUAUAACGUUUCCCUUAUUACACCGGCCCACCUUUCUAGCUGCCGUAGAACAAAUCUACAGCAACCCGACAUAUUACUCCACGCAUCCGUUCGAUGCCUUCGUAUUCGACAUGGUGUUGGCAAUCGGCAGCGCCAAUGUGAACAGGUUCGAGGAGUCAAUGGCAGGUACCGCGACUCACUACACCAGAGCCCAGAAAAAGCUGCACGAGCUCUUGAACAUGAGCGGACUGGUUCCCCUUCAGACAAUUCUUCUUCUCUCCCAGCAUGGCAUAUUCAGCAACUUACGAGACACGAGCGGGAGCAUAUGGCACCUGAUUGGCAUUGGAGCAAGAAUUUGUUUCGAGUUGGGCCUACAUCUGGAGCCAAAACGGGUAGACCGUCAGACUGGACGGCCAGUCGUACAUAGUGUGCCCAUAACGUUUGAGGUGGAAAUGCGGAAACGCGCAUUUUGGUGCUUUUAUAACCUUGACAGGAUAGUUAGCUUUACCCUUGGGCGCCCAGUGGCCAUGCGGGACGAGGACAUCGACAUCUCACUUCCUUCACAUUUGGAGGAUGAAGAAUUUGGUCCUGAUCGGCCCAUCGUACCAGAUCCCGACCCAGCGGCCCCAAACAUCUCUCCAUUCUUGCACCUCAUCAAAAUCCGACAUUUGUCUGGGAAAAUACUGAGUACAUUGUACGCUGCCAAACAGAAGAGCGACAUUCCUUUGGAGGAAAAGGUUCGAGUCCGAAGCCAACUUUACGACGAACUGGUCGCGUGGAAGAAUGCCACGAGCCUAUUGAAACUAGGAGAACGCCACCACAACAACAGGGCAUUUGUAUCCUGCUUCCUAUCGGCGCACUGGUAUGAUGCUGUGUUCAACAAUGCAGUUCUGUUGCUCUACCGCCCUUCACCAUACCUUCCUUAUCCCGUCGUACCCACUAAGCCGGGCGAAGAGGAGGGCGAUUUGCAACGACUAUUUUCAGCGGCCAAAUCGUCCAUCACUUCGUACUAUGAGCUACACCGGAAACGGCAGCUAAAUUACUCGUGGAUCACACUCCACGGUAUCUUCAUCGACGGGCUCGCCUACGUCUACGGAAUCGGUCUGGCAUUGAAGGAUCCCAGUCAGGCUGCGCCCAUCCCAGACUACCUGGAAAUAAUCAACGACACGCGUGCCUGCUCGAACAUCCUUGUCGCAAUCUGCGAGAGGUGGAGCGUCGCUCGCAGCUCGUGCGAGCUCUUUAACCGCAUCAGCAACGCUGUGAUCCGAGAUGCCAUCAACGCUGCGGCAAAGAAGGAUCUGGCCCCAUCUGUAUCGGCACAGAACCAACAGUCUGGACGCAUCCACUCACUUCAGGCAGCUACUACAGUCGAUGGAUCCUCCUCUUCAAGCCACGCGGUUGGUGACAACCUGCAGGGUUCAUGGCAGCUGGGGUCCGGCCAAUUCGACCUGUUGUCGUCAAUGAAUCAGUUUGACCACAUGUUCGUCGCGGACGAAUUCAGACAGUACACGAGCGCGUUGGACAUGCCUGAUCGCUGUGACCACCCUAUGCCAAGCGAACUAAUCACAGGGUUUUCACAAGAUUGGCCAUUCGAAGAUGCGCCAUUAGUGCCUCAAGGUGCUUUUGGUAUUCCCAUGCAGGGGGGAAACAGACUAUGGUGA